AUGUCAGGAAAUACAUCCAAUGCUGACCACCUCUGUGUGCUGGUCCACGGACUCUGGGGAAAACCUUCACAUCUCGACUACGUGGCAUCCGCCCUGAGAGACAAAUACGACGAAGAUGUCUUUAUAAUCUGCCCCAAAGCCAACAGCGGCAACUACACCUAUGACGGAAUCGAGCUUGGUGGGGAACGACUAGUGCACGAGAUCGAGGAAACGCUUGAAUCACUGGCUGAGAUGGGUCGGAAUUUCACUAAGAUCAGUUUCGUCGGAUACUCGCUCGGUGGCCUGCUUGCGCGCUAUGCGAUCGGCUUGCUGAAUGCGCGAGGUUGGUUCGAGAAGCUGGAACCUAGGAACUUUACAACCUUUGCUACGCCCCAUGUGGGUGUGAGGGCGCCGCUAAAGGGGUGGAAGGAUGACGUUUUCAAUGUUCUAGGCGCGAGGACGAUCUCGCAGUCUGGUCGACAAAUAUUUCUCAUUGAUACAUUCCGCGAUACCGGUCGGCCGCUUCUUAGCGUUUUGGCUGAUCCGGAUAGUAUCUUUAUCCAGGGACUGAAGAAGUUUCAGCGGAAAAGCAUCUACGCCAACAUCGUGAAUGAUCGCUCAGUUCUCUUCUAUACAUCUGCUCUUUCAAAAGUGGAUCCUUUUUACGAUUUGGAAAAUGUGAACAUCAACUAUGUCGAGGGCUAUGAGGACGUUAUUAUCGAUCCCGACACUUAUGUGCUACCUCCGAUAAAGCGGAAAGCUGGCACAUUUGCAGCGCGACUUUGGAAAAAGUGCAAAUCAGUGGCUCUCUGGGUUCCACUGUCAUUAUUGCUCGUCAUCCUUGUGCCACUGGCCUGUAUAAUUUUCCUGAUCAACGCCGGGAUCCAAACGUUUCGCAGCUCAAAACGCAUUCGCAUGCACGAGGUCGGAGAACGUGGCGUCCUUUUUGGUAAGUACAGAGUACCUGUGCUGGUUCAAGACGUCCAGCAUGUUAUGGAGCAGGUUUUCGAGAACGUCAAUGCUAGCCAGGAGCCGAAUUAUCUCUCAAACAGCGAUACUGAGGUCUCUGACUCUGUGCCCGAGAAGGCAGGUCAAUCACCUGCUUCGAAUUCUGCUAGAAAUGAUGCCCAUGUCGAAUCUUCUACCAGAAGACGAUCAUCGACGGCGGUGCAUUCUCCCAAGCUUGCAUUGACGUCGGAACAAUUUGGCAUUAUUGAUUCACUCAAUGAGGUCGGAAUCAAAACAUAUCCCGUUCACAUUCAGAGGCAUCGACACAGCCAUGCGGCUAUCAUUGUGCGGAGCCCCAAGGAUGGGUUUGCGGAAGGAAAGUUGGUGAUGAAGCACUGGCUGGACAAUGAGUUCACCGUCUGA